AUGCAGUACCCAGAAAAAGUUUUGCCAGGACAACCAAUUUUGCCUAUCUAUGAACCUACUGCAACAACACAAAGUUUUAAGUACUUACCGGGAUCGAAUGUUCGAUUAGAGACGAUUUUAUUCAACAACGAUCGGAUUCCAACGCUUGUAUCGACAACGGCUGGUCGUGUUGAAAUAAUCGAUGAUAAGGAUAAUGAAAACACAAAAAUUGUAAAGGUUUUUGCAUACAAGGAUCCGCAAUAUAAGCAAGGUGAAUUACAUCUAGAUGAUAUUAAAUGCAGAAGCUAUAAGGCUGUCACUCCACAAGUGAAUGAUGUUGUUCUUGCAAGGGUAACUAAGAUAACACAUUUGAGAGUCAAUGUAGAAAUAUUAAGUGUUUUACCUAAAGGUCAGGAAGAAAAUGUGAAUAAUGGAAAGUUACAAUUACUAAAUUUACUACCAGCCGAGUCAGGUGAAUACUUCAAGGCAUUAAUCAGGAGUCAAGAUGUUAGAUCUACAGAACGAGAUAGUGUGAAAACAUGGGAAUGUUACCAACCAGGUGAUAUUAUACGUGCUGUUGUUCUCUCGCUGGGUGACGGUGCAAGUUUUUAUUUAUCCACUGCUAGAAAUGAUUUAGGUGUUGUAUUUGCACGUAACGAAGACGGUGAAUUAUUGUAUCCACUAGAUUGGGAAACAAUGCUUGCACCUGGUUCAGGGGAAAUUGAAAAGAGAAAAUGUGCGAAACCAUUUUAA